UGGCACUCGUUCUCGCGAGAUCUUCAGACAUUAGCAAACAUGGCGGCCGCGAUGGAUGUGGACACCCCAAGUGGAGCCAACAGCGGAGCCAGUAAAAAGCGGUUUGAAGUGAAAAAGUGGAACGCUGUGGCUCUGUGGGCAUGGGACAUUGUGGUGGACAACUGUGCCAUCUGCAGAAAUCACAUUAUGGACCUCUGUAUUGAGUGUCAGGCCAAUCAGGCUUCUGCCACCUCAGAGGAGUGUACGGUGGCCUGGGGAGUCUGCAAUCACGCGUUUCAUUUCCACUGCAUCUCCCGCUGGCUGAAGACCAGACAAGUGUGUCCACUGGACAACAGAGAGUGGGAGUUUCAGAAGUAUGGCCAUUAGAAGUGUAUCUGCAGAUCCUUGUUUGUGUUCCCUUCCAAAAUUUCCUUUCCUGACCACCAUCACAGUUUCCCCCUGUUGAAGACCAACUGCGGUCUACAUUGGAAUUGUUAUACUAGUGAUGUUUUUAUUUUUAUUUCUGUGCUGUGUGCAGGAUUCAGUGAUGAAAAUGAUCAAUAAAUUCCCUCUAAAUCAA